CCUGUCCACAUGUUGUCGAUGGCACUAUCCACUCGCCAUAGAGGAACAGAGGAAUGAAAAUGGAUAGCUGUCUCUUCACACUCGUCUUUGGUCUUUCAAUGCUCGGUGGGUGCUUGGCCCGGGUGGUGACGGUGUCUCCUGGUCCAUUAAUCCGGGUGGAGGGUCAAACGGUGUCCAUCAGAUGUGAUGUUACCGAAUAUAGCGGACCUAGUGAGCAGGAUUUCGAGUGGGCGAUGUCCAAGGAGGCGAACGGGAAGAAGAUGAACAUAAUUUCCUCCUUUGAUACCAGGUACUCCAACCCGUUGCUCAGAAAGCGCGUUGCGUCUGGCGACAUCUCGGUGGUGCGUCUCAAGGACAACGAGGUGGAGCUGAAGAUAGCCGAGGUGAAGUCAACGGACGCCGGUUUCUACUGGUGUCAAACGCCGAGCACUGACUCCGUCAUCAGUGGCAACUACGAGGCUAAGGUCCAACUCACUGUCAUCCUCAACACCCUCAAGGUCUCCCCCCUGACCCCGCCCCCCGUCGUCCCAGAAGGAAGUGACCUCACGCUCUCCUGCAACGUCACCCGGGAGCUCAGCCACCCCACCUACCUCUCCGUCACCUGGUCGGUGAAGAGGGGAGCGACAUCGGAGGAAAUUUUGACAUUUGGCCCUCAGGGAGACGUGGUCACAGGGGCCAAGUACACCCGGCGCUACGCCGACGGAGGCAUCCGAUUGGUUCCCGGGAAGAACGGAUUUUUCGAACUGGUGAUUUCCAAAGUGACGACGUCUGACGAAGGGACUUAUGAAUGCAACGGAACUGAAUGGACGUAUGAAAAUGGAGGGAAGUGGAUAAAAAUCGUGGAGAGCACUAAAGAGAUGGGAACUGUGUCUGUAACUCCUACAGAAAAACUAUUAGGAAGUAAUACCUGGAUUUGCGUGGGCGCCAAAGGAGGUGUAGUUCUGGUGCUGAUUAUCGUCGUUAUUGUUUGCUGCGUCCGCUCAAAACAGAAAAAACGCAUGCAACUGAAGGACGAGGAGGAGCUUCGUUUGGCGUGGACCAACGACCAACAACAUCAUCAACAUAAUCAUCCUUCCGAUCCACGUCAUCACCGUUGCCAGCAGCAGCCGGCCGGCCACACCGGUCCUCGCCAACAUCGCUCCAAACAGCAGCGGGAGCAGCAGCAGCAGCAUCCCCGAGCUCUGGACCCGCCCGGCGCUUACCCUGAGCCCAGCCCCCGACGACUUCCACAGGCCCCACGACCAGUUGAUAAAACUGAUGACGAGCAGCCUCCUCCUCUUCCUCAGCCCAAUAAGAAAGCUGUCAAAAUACAAAGAGUGUGACACCAUGUGAGUGUUGGAGUUUAGGAAACCUAAUCACUCCCUUUUCAUUUCUGGGUUCACCUUCUCUUCUUAUUCUCUUCUCAGUUUCGUUCCCAGUUGGCUUACCCUCCCCCAGACUUCUCUAUUGAUGUUUUCAACUCAGCCAGAAAAAAAAGCAGAUCAAAGACCCUUUACUCCUCCAUAGAUCGGCGUUAAACGAGUGAUAGAAUGAUUAUAUAAGGUAUUUCACACUGUUCCUUAAGGUCUCCUAAUAGGAUAUUUAUCAUUGGUUGGGCUAAACAUUUUUGUGAAUAGGAGGGGUUUCGUUAGCGGCUAGUGUCCAUUCAAUCCUAUGGGUAGCCAAAGAUCGAGGCUAGCUAGCUAGCUACACUUUCGGUAUAACUAUAAUAUUUGCAGUU